AAGAUGGGCAAGUACACCGUCCGUGUCGCCACCGGGGAUUCGCUCCUGGCGGGCUCCAGCAAUCUAGUGCAGCUGUGGCUGGUGGGCGAGCACGGGGAGGCGGACCUGGGAAGGCAGCUGCGGCCGGUGUGGGGCAAGGUGACGGAAUUUGAGAUCGACGUUCCUGUACACUUGGGGCGCCUCCUGCUGGUGAAGUUGCGCAAGCACAAAGUUCUGUUGGGCCUCGACUGGUUCUGCAAGUGGAUCUCAGUACAGGGCCCCGGGACCCAGGGCGAGGCGCUUUUCCCCUGUUACCACUGGGUGCAGGGACAUGGGAUUAUUUGCCUGCCCGAGGCCACUGCCCGGACCGUGAAUGAUGACCCCAAGAAUUCGUUUAAGAAAUUUCGGGAACAGGAGCUCGAGGAAAGAAGGAAGCUGUAUAGGUGGGGCUCCUGGAAAGAUGGGUUAAUCCUGCCUGUAGCAGGGAAUACGGAGAAGGACCUUCCCAAGGACCAGCGAUUCCUCGAAGAUAAGGAUUUCGACUUUACUGUCUCCCUGGCGAAAGGGUUAAAGGACUUGGCUAUUAAGGGGGCAUUGGAUUUGACAAGUUGUGUAAAAAGACUGGAAGAUUUCAAAAAAGUAUUCCCACGUGGAAAGACUGCCCUGGCUGAACGAGUUUGUGGUUCCUGGAAGGACGAUGACCUAUUUGGAUACCAGUUCCUUAAUGGUGCAAACCCCAUGCUCCUGAAGCGUUCUAGAAGUCUCCCAGCCCGACUGGUGCUGCCUCCAGGGACAGAAGACUUGAAGAUCCAGCUGGAAAAAGAACUCCGGGCCGGAUCUCUGUUUGAAGCUGAUUUCUCCCUACUGGAUGGGGUCAAACCUAAUGUCAUCAUUUUAAAGCAACAAUAUGUGACAGCCCCUUUGGUCAUGCUGAAGCUUCACCCAGAUGGAAGACUCUUGCCUAUGGUCAUCCAACUCCAGCCACCUCGACAUGGAUGCCCCCCACCUCUGCUCUUCCUGCCCUCAGAUCCUCCCAUGGCCUGGCUCCUGGCCAAGACAUGGGUCCGUAGCUCUGACUUCCAGCUGCACCAGUUACAAUCACAUCUGCUGAGGGGACACCUGGUAGCUGAGGUUAUUUCUGUGGCUACAAUGAGGAGCUUGCCUAGCCUACAUCCUAUCUACAAGCUCCUGAUUCCUCACUUUCGCUACACCAUGGAGAUCAACAUCCUGGCCAGGAAUAAUCUUGUUUCUGAAUGGGGAAUUUUUGAUUUGGUGGUGAGCACUGGCAGUGGAGGCCAUGUGGACAUUCUCAAGAGAGCCACGGAUUGUUUGACCUAUCGUUCCUUGUGUCCUCCUAAUGACCUGGCUGACCGUGGGCUCUUGGAUUUGAAGUCUUCUCUCUAUGGCCAAGAUGCCCUUAGGCUAUGGGGAAUCAUCUACAGGUAUGUGGAGGGAAUAGUUGGGCUUUUCUACAAGAGUGACAAAGCUGUGAAGGAUGACUCAGAGCUGCAGGCCUGGUGCAGAGAGAUCACAGAGACUGGACUGCAGAAGGCCCAAAACCGAGGGUUCCCCAUCGCCUUAGAGUCCCGGGCUCAGCUCUGCCAUUUUGUCACCAUGUGUAUCUUCACAUGCACUGGUCAGCAUGCUUCUUCUCACCUGGGCCAGCUGGACUGGUACUCCUGGAUUCCUAAUGGCCCUUGCACCAUGAGGAAGCCCCCACCCGUCUCCAAGGAUGUUUCAGAGAAGGAUAUAGUGGAUUCACUGCCCACUGUCCACCAGGCUCGUAUGCAAAAGACUUUCACAAAGUUCCUUGGCAGACAUCAGCCUGUCAUGGUGGCCCUAGGGCAGCACAAGGAGGAAUAUUUCUCAGGCCCUGGGCCCCAAGCUGUGUUGAAGCAAUUCCGGGAGGAGCUGGCUACCAUGGACAAGGAGAUUGAGGUCCGCAAUUCGGGCCUGGACCUGCCCUAUGAGUACCUUCGACCCAGCAUGGUAGAGAACAGUGUAACGAUCUGA